UCCGGCGAAAUUGACGGCGGGCACCAACUCCAAUGCGGUCGUGGCAUCCGGGCGACCUCCAAGGACCCCUCAAUUGCAAGAUUUGAUGAAGAUUUGCAAAACCCCCAAUUUUGGAUCCAAUUUCGAAUUUUAGGGUUUUUUCGAGUAGAAAAAUUCAGAUUCGAGAAGUUACAGGCCAAAUUAGACAAAAUGACAAUCACCGUCUUCCCUACUCCAACAAACCCUCACCGGCCGCGCUGCUACUAUGGCCGCAGAAACUCCGGAAGCCAUGACAUCCUCCGACGCUGCCGCCGCCGCCGCCGCCGCCGCUGCCGCCGCCGCCGCUGUAGAGGGUAGGGUGAGCAGGGAAACCGUGGAGAAGGCCGUUACUGCCCUGCUCAAAUGGAAGGAGUCACAAUCGGAGCACCAAGCACCGCAGCUACUACCACAAGACGAGUUUGUCUACCUCAACAUCACCCUCAAGCGAAUCCCCUCGAAGGCGCGCACCAAUCCUUUCCGUGUUCCCCUCCCGCACACCCUCUAUGACCAAUCAUCCGAGCGUUGUGUCAUCAUCGACGACCGUCCUGGCUCGAAUCUGACUUCAGAGAAGGCGAAGAAGAUUAUAAAGUCCCAGGGCGUGACAGUAAGCAAGGUCUUGAAACUCUCAAAGCUGAGAACAGAUUAUAAGGCGUUUGAGGCAAAAAGGAAACUCAUGGGUUCCUAUGAUUUCUUCAUGGUGGAUAACAGGAUUGUUCAUUUCCUUCCUAAGCUUUUGGGAAAGCACUUUUUUAAGAAGAAGAGGUUGCCUUUGCCUGUCGACUUGACAAAGAAGGAUUGGAAGGCUCAGAUUGAGAGGGCAUGUGCUUCCGGAUUGUUUUUCAGGUCAACUGGGACUUCUAGUGUGAUGAAGGUUGGGAGGCUGUCAAUGGAGAGUGGAGAGAUUGUUGACAAUGUGAUGGAGGCAAUCAAUGGUCUUGUUGACUAUGUUCCCAAGAGAUGGGACGGUUUGAGGAGCUUUCAGUUGAGACUAGUUGGUUCUGUGGCAUUGCCUUUGUAUCAAGCAUUGCCUGAUUUGAAGCUGAAAAUCAUUGGGGCUGAUGAAGCUGAGACAGAGGUGGAUGCCAAACAGUUGACUGACGGAACCCAGAGGGCAGGUAAGAAAAAGAGGAAAGAUAGGCUUCAUGCAGUAAGAUAUAUGGAUGCUGAAACGGGUGGAGUCGAAUUAGAAAGUGAUGAUGAAGAGGUUGAGAAUGAGAAGCAGAAAAUGGAUGUCAAGAUGGGUAAUGCGGAAGAAGACAUUGACGAGGAUGUCGAGGAAAAUGAAAGUGGGAAGAGCAAGGGGCCUGAUUCAGUUCCAGCUAAGCUUAAAGGUAAGAAAGGGUUGAAGGGAAAGAGCAAGAAAUUGAAGAAGGGGGAUGACUUAGAUGUUAAGAAUCAUCCUGAGAGCAACAAAGAUAGUGAGGAAGAUGAGAGUGAGAAGAGCAAGGGGGGUGGUGAUUUGGUUCUUGCUAAGCUUAAAGGUAAGAAAGGGAAGGGAAAAUCUCCUGAAAUUCAGGCUUUGAAUGGUAAGGGAAAGAGCAAGAAGCUGAAAAGGGGGGAUGACUUAGAUGAUAAGAAACAGAAGAAAACAAAGUUGUCUUCUAAGUCUGAAUCUGCAGCGAAGAAGGGGAAACGAAAGGAUUUGGCUGCUAUGAAGUCAAAAGAGGAAGUGAUCAAGCCGAAGAGGAAGAGAAACAAGAGUGAGUGAGGAGAAUGUGGACUACAUAGUUCACAGAUUUUGUGGCAAUGCAGACUCAAAACAGUUCUUUCUGUCAUUGCUGUUUUGUUGCAAUUUUGCCUCUCCUACUUUUAUAGGUUCUUUCUUUUCAUUAUUAUCAUCAGUUAUUGGGUUUCAAUAUCAAUAUUGUUCUACAUGUGGAACUUGUGAGGUCUAUCUUGAUCUUCUAUGUUUACUGUUGAAAAAUGUCUAAAAUUUCAGCUUUUUGGCUAUCUGUUGCUAAUCAUAUAUGCUCAUGAAACUGUUAUUU